GGCCAGGAGCUUUCUUCGCGCAGGGACAGUUUGGAGAUAUGAAUUUGAAAAUGAACUUCAGGGGGAUUUUUCUAGCCAAGUGCCUGGUGGUUUUAUUCUCCUGUGUAAAAGGGUCUGCAAACGAAGCACGUAACGAGUAUGGCAUGCGGGGUGGUUCUGUUUUUUUGAACAUUCAUAACUUCAAAGUGGAACAGCAACAGGAAGUAAUAUGGCUCAAAAAUUCAUUCCGUCUCACGAAAGGCAACAGUUCUGGUGUGAAAUAUUACAAGGAUAAGAACAAGUAUGAGAUGUUCCCCAAUGGAACCCUGAAAAUAGACCACCUGGUGGAAGAGGACAGUGGAAAUUACAAAGUCACUGUGUACGAUGGCAUGGGAAAUCUGCAAGUGGAGAAGAACUUAAUUCUGAGUGUUCAGGAAAUGGUCUCUAAACCAGAAAUCAAAUGGACAUGUUCACAAAAACUCAUAAAUGUGAUAUGUGAGGUGAAACAGAAGAAUAAAUUUGCUUUUCGCUUGCUUCAAAAUAACCGGCUGCUCUCUGUCGGGCCAAUAGAUGCAAAUGGCACAUGGAAGAUUGAAUAUCGACCCAAGACCAAAAUCCUUACUGCAAAGUUCCUAUGCGAAGUUAAAAAUGACGUUAGCCAAAAAACUACUGAUCAGGAAAUCAAAUGUUCAGGGCCACUGGACAUUGUUCUCAUUGGGAGCAUUGCAGGAGGUGCAGUUGUCUUUGUCAUCUUUUUGGCACUACUGAUUUACUGUAUCAAGAAGAAGAGAGCAGAAAGAUACGAAGAAGAACAGGAUGAAGAGACACAGAUGAAAAUUCGACAAUCGAGCGACGAAUCAAAAUAUCGGGAGCUUCCUAAACCUCCAGUUCACGGCCCCCCAAAGCAGCCACGCCAGCAGCAGAGACUCCCUCCACAGUCUCAAACUCAAUACCAGGCAGGGCCUCCCCGGCCCAGGCCACGCACUCAGCAGAAGUCUCCAAGCCACAUGAAAGAGAGACUGUAAGCAUUUGUCCUGGAGGAACAGAACCUGUCCCAUUACUUGCUCUGGUGGGACUCGCCACAAAAAUAACCUUGCAAAUAGCCAACAAUCCCCCACAUUGGCCGCUUUUGUUGUGGAAAAUCACUGUCUAUAUUGAAUGGCUGAUGAAAAGGCGCAACGAUGGAGACUUGAAGUCAUCACAGGUCAUUACCUUGGCCAUUUUCUUCAAGUGACUCCAUGCUAAUGUGGGACAUUUAGUCCUGAAAUCUGCUUCCUUUUUGUUUCAUUUGGUUGUGCCUCUCCUUGCCAAAUUCUGGUCUAAUUUAUUUUAUUUUAUUUUAAAUUUUUUUGGGGAAGGCUCUAAGACUCUAUUGAGAUGACUUUCAUCACAUCUAUCUCUUUCUCCCUUUGCCUGCACUCCCACCCAAACACCCCUCUAGUUGUUGCAGCCAGUCAUUUGAUCACAUGGAGAAGAAAAUAGCUGUGUUAAUUGUAAUGAAGUCCUGACAUAGUGGAGUGCUGGCAAGAAACUGCAACUUUAUUUCUUGGCUACAGUGACAUGACCUGGUUCAGGGUUCCCAAGGCAGAUGUACCUGUCACAUGACAGGAGUCAGUAUCCAUUGGUGUGUGAGAUUCCUGUAGCACAGUAAUACAUACUACCAACCAAAACCAAGUAGUCUAAUUAAUAACUAUUUUCUCUGAACCUUGUUGGCUCUCUCAUCCCAUGGCCACUUUGUGGUCUCAAAAGAGGCCCAGAACUUGUGGCCAGCGCAGGUACUAUGGUUGGUGUGCCACCUGGAGCCAGUCACAUGUACCAGAGAGGAGGAAUUCACCCUCUUGCUUUUUCUACAAUAUUACUUGCUUCCAGGAAAAUCUGGAAAUGCUGCAGUGCUGUCUUCUGCUCCUCUCCCAGAGCUUGUCCACACGGAGGGAUUUAGAAGGCCUCAUUUACUCUAUUUCUGUGAAGGACUUGGUUUAGGGCUGAUACCACAUAAUUCAGUCAGCAUUCUGAAAGCAAAUAGCCUUGUAUUGACGCAGGUCAGGGGACCCAGCGGUUCCAAUAACUCUUGCUUUGACAAAGGAGGACAUGCUCGGCUGGUCUGCAGUCAGCACCACAAGUCUCUGGAACACUGGAUGUAGUGCAGGAGUUCUCAAACUGGGGGUCUGGACCCCUCAGAGGGUCAUGAGGUUAUUACGUGGGGAGUCAUGAGCUGUCAGCCUCCACCCCAAACCCUGCUUUGCCUCCAGCAUUUAUAAGGAUGUUACAUUAAAAACACAUUUUUAUAUAUUUAUAAGGAGGGGUUGUGCUCAGAGGCUUGCUAUGUGAAAAGGGUCACCAGUACAAAAGUUAGAGAACCCCUGGUGUAGUGGGAAAGACAUUCUCGCUUAUUCAUAGGCAACACAUCGGGGAGCAUGCAGGGGCAAGUGCCCCUCAUCCCCAUAGAUUUUUGCUUGGACUUCAGGGAGGAGGGAAAGGGGCUUUGUCCUUCUCCUGAUGGGCCUUCCCCCUGGCAUGCUGUGCCUCUGGCAGCUGGGACUGGGUGGGGAGGGAAGGGACGGAGACCAGCCACUUCUCACACCGACUUCUCCGGGUUGCUGCUCUGUGCAGCACAACCACUGCCUGAGAGAGAGCCCAGCUGGGGAGGUGGCGGGGGUAGCCUAUUUCCCAUCUGGGCCCAGCAGACAGGGACAUGGGCCAAGCAAGCCAGAGUCCCUUUGCUCCCCCUCAGCACAUUUCCGGUUUGCUCGGCCCCUGUCCAUGGUAGCCAGUCCCAGGCGGGGAGCGAGCUGCUGCCGCUGUCACCUCUCCAGCCUGGCUCUCUCUUCGGCAGCUGUCACAGAGACCCCCUCCACCCCCAGCUAACUCUGGUGGGGCAAGGAAAGCACAGCAACUGCAGGCUGGGUGCAGGGCUGGGGGGGUGCAGGGCCAGGGGGUUGCUGGGCAGAGAAGACAUGGGCUGUCAUGUGUCCUCCUCCUUUAGAUUGUGGCCCCCCAGCAUCAGGAGGCACGAGUUGUUUGUGCCUCUCACCUUUGGCGAGUCUCAUGACUUCUCUGAUUCUCAGGUAGAUCAGCUGGGUUAGCAGAGGCCCCAUGUUUCUAUUUUAUUCACCCUAUUGUCUGGCUAGUUAAAGCAGCCCCUCUGGUGUUAGUGACAGCACACUGAGCAUGGGGCAGGGAUGGAGAAGUGAGAGCCAUUCUCAAUAGCACGUUGCCUGGAGCUUGCUACUCAUGCCAUGUAAGGUAGAUGAAUGUAUGGUAGUUCUUUCAAGCUCUGAGUCUCCAAUGUAUUUGUGUAGUGUUAAAAGGUGUAUCCUUAUUUCUCGCCACAAAUGUGCCCAUUUAUGACAUGCCAGGUGCAGGGAAGAGACAUGUUAGGAGGGAGGCCCCUGCAUGUCCCGCCAAGGGGCCAGUUGUUGUACUUUGCUUUUUCCUCAGAAGCUGGUCCACUUGGAUGGAAAUGUUACUCACGCCAGGCCCAGCUUUCUGCAGUAUGUGCUAAUGGUUUGACUAGUUUAAGGUUUACUUUUUUGAAAUGGCUUGUACUCUAUUUUGUGUAUGAGAUAUCAGCCUAGUACUGCAUAAAUAAAGAUUAGAAAGUGGAUGAUGGA